AUGGGCAAACUUCAUAAUAGACGUCGAACCAGACUGAGGGCGAACGAGAGGACUCACCAUCAAGCUCUUGCUAUUCCACCUCUUUCUGCACCACUCAUGCCUACUCAGACUGUACUCAACGACGAUAUGACUUUCCGUUCUCAGCAAUCUGGUUCUCAGCAAUCUGGUUCUCAGCAUCUGAACCAUCACAGCACUUAUUACUACUCACAUGAGCAACACGAAAGCCGACACACACAAUACUAUGGUGCUGAGGAGGGCGACGAGUCUGGAGACCUUUGUCCUCUGAUGCUCCAAGUUGUCUUGGAUCUGUUUGAUGGUGUUGACUACGAGGACCCAUGA